GAAAAAAAAAAAAAAAUAUAGUAUGUCUGCUGGACUUCGCAACGCGUUUAAAAAUGCCAAAGAGCAAGAUCGUCCUGCCUUUGUUACCUUCCUCACAGCUGGUUAUCCUACUCUUAAGGACACCGUCGAAAGUUUGUUGGCUUUAGAAAGAGGUGGCGCUGAUGUCAUUGAAUUAGGUAUUCCUUUCACUGAUCCUCUCGCUGAUGGUCCUACAAUUCAAUAUGCAAGCACUAUCGCACUUGAACACAAGACAGAUAUCACCAUGUGCCUUCAAAUGGUUCGUGAAGCCCGUGAUCGUGGUUUAACAGUACCCGUUGUCUUUAUGGGUUAUUACAAUCCCAUUCUUGCUUAUGGUGAAGAUAACAUGGUACGUGAUUGUAAGGCUGCUGGUGUCAAUGGUUACAUUUUGGUUGAUUUACCUCCUGAGGAAUCCCACAACUUCCGUGGUAUCUGUUACAAGUAUGGUUUAUCCUAUAUCCCCUUGAUCGCUCCUUCUACCACCGAAGAACGUAUCAAAUUACUUGCAGGUCUUGCUGAUUCUUUCAUUUACGUUGUCUCACGUAUGGGUGUCACUGGUGCUCAAAACGAAGUUAACAAUGAGUUACCUCGUCUCGUUUCUCGUAUCAAGAAGUAUACCCAAGCUCCUUUAGCCGUUGGCUUUGGUGUAUCCACCCGUGAUCAUUUCGUUCAAGUUGGAGCUCAUGCUGAAGGUGUUGUCAUUGGUUCUCGUUUGAUUACAGUGAUUAAGGAAGCCCUUGAAGAAAAGAAGAACGUCGCUGAAGUUGUUCAAGAAUACGCUGCCGAAGUUACAGGUCGUAAGGAACCUGUCUUGUAUGCUGCUAAGGAUGCAGGUCUUGCCGAUAUUGAAGUAAAUGAUGCCGCAGGUCGUGGUCCCUUCUCCCCUGAGGAUAUCAAAAACUUUUAUCAAUUGGAUCCUCGCUUUGGUGGAUUUGGUGGUGCUUAUGUUCCCGAAGCCCUUGUCGAUUGUCUUACUCAACUCGAGACUUGUUUCAUUGAAGCUAAGAACGAUCCUCUUUUCAAGGCCGAAUUCGAAUCCUACUACGAUUAUAUCUCUCGUCCUUCUCAACUUCAAUUCGCCAAUCGAUUGACUGAAGAUGCCGGUGGAGCCAAGAUUUGGUUGAAGCGUGAAGAUUUGAACCAUACUGGUUCUCACAAGAUUAACAACGCUGUUGGACAAAUUUUGUUGGCCAAGCGUCUUGGUAAGAAGCGUAUUAUUGCCGAAACAGGUGCUGGACAACAUGGUGUAGCUACUGCUACUGUAUGUGCCAAGUUUGGUUUGGAAUGUGUGGUUUAUAUGGGUGAAGAGGAUUGUCGUCGUCAAGCUUUGAACGUUUUCCGUAUGCAAAUGUUGGGUGCUACUGUAGUUCCUGUCACCAACGGUUCAAGAACUUUAAAGGAUGCCAUUAACGAAGCUAUGCGUGAUUGGGUUGCCAACGUUUCUACCACUCAUUAUCUUGUUGGUUCUGCUAUCGGUCCUCAUCCUUUCCCUCAAAUUGUACGUGAGUUCCAAUCUGUGAUCGGUAAGGAAACCAAGCGUCAAAUGCUUGAAAAGGCCGGUAAGUUACCCGAUGCUGUAGUUGCAUGUGUGGGUGGUGGAUCCAAUGCCAUUGGUAUGUUCCAUCCUUUUGUCGAGGAUAAGACCGUGCGUAUUGUUGGUGUAGAAGCUGGUGGUGAUGGUAUUGAUACCCUUAAGCAUUCUGCUACACUUACAUUAGGUAGCCCUGGUGUUCUUCACGGUACACGUACCUACCUCUUGCAAGAUGUCAAGGGUCAGAUUAACGAAACCCAUUCUGUCAGUGCUGGUUUGGAUUACCCCGGUGUUGGACCUGAACAUGCUUACUUGAAGGAUUGUGGUCGUGCUGAAUACAGAGUUGCUGAUGAUGCACAAUGUUUGCUUGGUUUCAAGAAAUCUACACAAUUGGAAGGUAUUAUUCCUGCUUUAGAAUCUGCACAUGCUAUUUAUGCUGCACUUCAAUUGGCCUCUGAGCUUCCCAAGGAUCAAGAUAUUGUCGUCUGUCUUUCUGGUAGAGGUGAUAAAGAUAUGCACACUGUCACUGAAGUUUUACCCCGUUUAGGUCCCAAGAUCAACUGGGAUUUAAGAUUUUAAAUUAUCUGAAGAAAAAACAAAACAAAAACAACCUUCACCCCCCCUAUUCCCCCCCCUCAUUGUACCAUAUUAAUAAAAAAAUUACUCAAUUUUGUUCUUU